GCUAAAUGCAUAAUGAUUAUACAUAUGUUAUACAUAGAUGUUCUUUUAAUAAAAAUUGCGACUGCGACAUAGUUUCAUUAUUUAUUAAACGUCUAAUAGUUUGCAAAAAUAUAUUAGACGAUAGAUAAUAAACAAUUAAUUUUUUGUGAAUGUUUUCUGGUGAGAAAGUGUUAGUAUAUUAAGUUUAUAGUAUUACUAAGUAGUUGCCAAAAAAUGUGAAAAUAACCGAAACGAUGUAUCACCAUUUUGUUAUUCAUUCCCAUAACAAAGUUGCUUUUAUCAGUUUAAAAAAUUAUUAAUUUGUGUGUACUGUUGACAUUUCGUUGACAAAAUAUAAUUCAUCGUGAAAAAAUAGCUCCAGAAAAUAAUUAGAGGCGUUUUUCCCACAACAAUGAUAGAGUUGACAGUUAAAACAUUGGAUUCUCAAAAUCAUUCGUUUACGGUUGACGAUGAUAUUACAGUUGCUCAGUUUAAAGAAAAAAUUGCUGAUACUGUAAACAUUCCAGCAGAUACUCAGCGGAUAAUAUAUUGUGGAAGAGUACUGCAAGAUGAGUCAAAAUUAAAGGAAUAUGAUGUUCAUGGUAAAGUUGUACAUCUGGUUCAACGUGCACCCCCUGCUAGUAAUCAGAGAUCCAGACCAGCUACACCUCCACCUCACCGAAGACAUUUUAGAGGUCCUGAACAUGGAAAUGCAAUGUAUUUUGGCUCAAUGGCAAUUCCUUCUUCUUUACUUGAUCCACAGAAUGUUGUUUUGCCCUUAUCACCACAUAGUUUAUCUGCUAGCAGGUUGAAUGUUGCAAGAAGAAUGUUACGUCGUGCUGCAUUAGUACUUAAUGCUUUGGAAAAUCCACAAAAUCCUGAACAACCAUCACAAGAAGAACAACAGGAAGAUGUAACUCCUGUAUUUGAGGCCCGUGUUUUAGUUCCAACUGACCCUAUGGAUGAUGUGCUAUCUGCAGUUCAUAAUAAUUUAAUUAAUGCGGGUGCAGUGCAAUUGGGUUCAUCUUCUCAACCAGUUUUCCUCCAGGAAGGUUUAGCAAACCAGCAAGAGGUUACAGUGGAACGAAAUAAUUUAGGUGUUGAUGAUUCAGGAUCACCCAGGGCAAGAUCAAUAUCGUCAACUCCAGGAGGUGUUAGCCCCUUAGCUAAUUCAAUUGAAAAUCUUUCCGCAUUGAAUAAUCAAGAGGCUACGAUUGCAAUGGAUACUGUGGAAGCAUCUGAUUCAACAGGAGUUCAAGGAACUGAAGCUCCACAAAGUGGGGUUGAUAGAUCUUCUGGAACUUCGACAAAUAUAACUGAGAAUGUGUCUAGAACAUCAGAGUUUGCAGAAUUGCUUGAAAAUAUGGCUAGGUUUCAAACACGAUUUGCUCCUUAUAUGGAUCGUUAUAUUCAGUUUAUGCGUAAUGAUCCGGCCAUAUCAGAAGAGAAUACUCGUCAGACGCAGGCCUUUAUCAACCGCGUUUCAGAGGUCUUACAUUUUCUUGGACAUGCUUAUCACUCAUUAAGUGAUAUUAUAGUUCGUGUCAGAACACCUCCGCCACGUCCUCUGCUUUGUAGACCUGUAGUAAUACAGCACCCUACGGUGGUACAAGCUGGAAUUCCUAUUCAAGUUGAAGCUCAAAUAAAUAUUUCUCCUGAUAGUACUAAUCCAUCUAGAAGUCAGACAUCUCAAGUUUCCAAUUCUGCUACAAGUACUAAUCAGCAAGAAACGAAUACUGUGAACCGCAACAUUCCUUCAUCUUCUACCACUAGUUCAGGAGGUAAUGAGCCAGUAGCAUCCUCAGCUGUUUUGCAACCAACUGUUGUUGGAUUUCCGAUGUUUCCGGGUCCAACAAGUAUGCGAGUUCAGACUAUUCCUGUUGAAAUAAGAAGUCUUUCUAGUCCAAGGAUAAGCCUAACAUUGCCGCGGAGUAAUAAUAAUAACAACAACAUCCCUAAUAUGUCAACUGUGCAUACACCAGCAAGUAAUGAAACAUCUUCCAAUAAUCUAGUACCAGAACAAACUACUAGUUCUACAGAAACUCCAGUAUCAGGUGGUGGUCCUUCUUCUACAACUGCUUCAUCAACAACAUCUAGUGUCCCUGGGGGACUUCAAGGGGCUACAUUUACUAUACCAGGCUUUCAUAAUAAUCCGAAUAUGGAAGUGUUUAUGGAAGUUACCCCAGAGAGUAUCACAAUCGAUUCAAUGGAGACAACUUUUGUUGGAGGUGGUCAAGCUAACGAACUUCUGCAAAAUGCUUUUCAAGGCCCACCAUCAGAUAUUUUAAAUUCGAUAUGGCACAUGGCUGGUCAGUUAGUAAACAGAGGAGCUCAGUCUACCCAAUCUAAUACACCAAAUCCGACGUCAUCUUCAACGUCGACCACAGCUCCGUCUGCUCCACCCACCGAACAAAUUGAUUCAUCAACUAGCGAAUCUUUCGGUACGCAAACAACAUCAAAUUUAGGAUCGUCGGCUGCCACAACUCAGAAUUCUCAAGCUCGAGGUAACACUCAAACUAAUCCCACGACAGCUACUCAUACAAGAUCUACUUCGCGUCCACACGUGCAUCUCGCACAACAUGCCAUACAGGGAUUUGAUCCUUACUUGCCAUGUAAUUCACAUCACGUUGUUCCUUGGAGACGAUUCCAGUCAAGUAAUGCACGACAGGACAAUGCUACUGCAACUGCAAGUGGCCAAAAUUUACAAAGUGGAGGAACUGGAACUGAUAGAGAUAGUGGAGGCACUCGAAUAUAUCCAGUUAAUAACACAAUCAUGAAUAUAUUGCAGGGUAUAGUUAAUUCAAUACAUACUAUCUAUGGUCGUCAAGCGCAGCAACAACCUCAAGCGCAGCAACAACAAAGAACUACUGUUAAUGUGGCACAAGCUACACCACUGGAUAAUGGAGUGACGGGAAGUGUAGCACAAAGUGCCGGAGAUGGUGUGGGGCAAGGGGCAACUACAGAUUUAAAUAGUUUACCGCUUCAAUUGCUGCAAACGUUUAUGCCUCAAUUGCAAAAUAUUAAUCUUUCUGACUCUAAUACUUCUGGUCCUACAAUUGCAGAGUUGCUCCAAUUAAGCAGUGUUUCUGAGGGAGAAAAUCUUUUUUUAGAUCUUAUAAAUUUGUUGUCACGCCAUUUAACUGUUGGUGAUUUGAUACAAUCGACAAAUGGCCGUCUUGAGCCUUGGAUGCGCAUUCGUUCUUCUAUACGAAACUUUUUUUUGGUUCGUGUCAUGAAUGGAUCUUGUUCCAGCGUGGCAAUUGACAGAGGCGUUAAUCGCAUCUUGUCAGAGAUGCAACCCUUAUUUAAUCAUCUCAAUGCAUUACCCACGCGUGACGAUAUCGACUUAGUGAGGUCUGCCCAAUCAUUGUUUCGUGCUCGUUUGCCAAAUAUAAUUUCUUUGGCCACAUCAAGAAGCCCUAAUUCUCUUCGAAUGCUUGUUGAUCAGUGCUUAAUAACUGCGAAACAAUUUGGUGCGUUGAUUUUGCGUGCGAGUAGGAACGGACAACCUGGUGUUGAAGUUGUUUUGGAUUCGAUAGUUAGUCAUCAUACGAGAGGUAUUCCAAGAGAGAUUCAACAGUGGACAUUAAUGACAACUAGAACACAAAUGAGGCAAUUCUUGUCUAAUCUAGGCGUUCCUGAUAGUGUUUUACAACCAUAUAUAGUUCGUAAGAUUGAUGCUGUGACGUCAAAUGUUGUUGCCAUUGCACAAAAGGAUCAGCAAGGAGAAGCUAUGCAAGUGGACGAUGUCGAUCGAGAUGACAAUAGUGGUGGAGCGAGCGGUUCAACUGAAAUUACGCCAUCUUCUGUAAUAAAUCUCGGGGAUAAGGAAAAUGACGGGGAACCUCUUCCUACAGUUGUAUUAGGAUCAGAAACUUGGCAUAAUGACGUACCAGCUGAUUGGGUUCCUAUAAUAGCUCGCGAUGCCCAGAGACAACGCCGACAAAAUUCUCAAGCUCCUUUCAGUGACGCUUAUUUGUCGGGAAUGCCCAGUAAACGGAGGAAGAUUGUGACAGCUGCUAAACCGCGAGGUAGUCUGUCUCAAGUAAUUUCAGAGAGUGUGCGCAGAGCAGUAACAGCAACUGGUUUGGCUUCAGUUGCGCCGUUAGAGGUGGUAGCGCAAGGUGCAGGGUCCGAUAUAAAUAUUCAAUCAGCAUACAGAGAGUUAUUACGAAGUAAUGUGAGAGCAGGAAUUAGAGAUAACUCAGACUUUACUCCUGAGCGCUUUCCUAACGCCACUAGCUAUUUCAAUGGUCCUCAAUAAUAAUAAUAGUAACUGUGCUUUGCAUUGAUAUAAACAAAAAAAUAUGAGAGCUAUUAGGCUGCUGUACUGUAGACAAUGUAAUAAUUGUUAUUAUGGUUAAUUACUUUAUGAUUAUUCUAUAUUCUUAUUGUAAUAUUGAACUAAUACGAUCAUUUACUUGAGUCUGUCUGCAUUACCAAUAGCGUUGUUGUAGAACCAAAUUUAAAAAUUACUAAUAAAUAAAAGUGUUAUGAUGGGUUAAUAAAUUGUGUAAUAAUUACAAAAGCAUGAA